AUGGUCACAAUGUGUGCAUGUUGUAUUCUUCCAUGCUACAUAUCGAUUAUGACAGUUUUCCUAGUGGUCCCGGUUCUUUUCAUCGUUGUUGGAAUCAUCAAAUUCAAUGAUUUUCCGAUUGAUUCAAGAAUUCCAAUUUGGAUGAUUUCAAUUGCAGGAGCGAUUCUUUUGGAAAGAGUUGUAGAAGCAAUUAAAACAAUGGGAGAUAAACAAUUGUCGGCUGUGUCUUCACAUUUUCAAUUUACGAACAACGAGAGAAAUGCGAUGGACUCGUAUUCUGGUAUUCAUUUAUUUAUUGUGCCUUAUCCGUUGCCAUCUACGGUCUUUUCAUUCUACUCGUCGCUUGUCUUUGCUGUUUACUUGCACUGA